CCACCAGAAAGUUCUUUGCUUCCAACAAUGGCAGCCAAGAACACCACCAUCUUUUCCUUUUUUUCAACUCUCAUUUUCUUCGGUUUAAUCCAUUCUAAUCAGAUUGAUGCGCUGAAUACUAACUACUACGAUCACACAUGCCCCAAUGUCGAAUCAACCAUUACAAGUGUUGUGAAGAAAGCUAUGAUGAAUGAUCCAACAGUUCCUGCUGCGCUUCUUAGAAUGCAUUUUCAUGAUUGCUUCAUCAGGGGCUGUGACGGUUCGGUGUUGUUGAAUUCAACUGGAAAGAACAAAGCUGAGAAAGAUGGACCACCAAACAUAUCUUUGCAUGCAUUUUAUGUAAUUGAUAAUGCCAAGAAAGCACUAGAGUCUUUAUGCCCCAAGACUGUUUCUUGUGCAGAUAUUUUGGCAUUAGCUGCAAGGGAUGCAGUCACUUUGUCCGGAGGGCCAACAUGGGAUGUUCCCAAAGGAAGAAAAGAUGGAAGAAUCUCAAAAGCAACCGAAACCCGACAAUUACCCGCUCCAACAUUCAAUAUUUCUCAGCUUCAACAAAGUUUUGCUCAGAGAAGUCUUUCUAUGGAUGAUUUAGUUGCACUCUCAGGAGGACAUACACUUGGGUUCUCUCAUUGCUCAUCCUUCCAGAACCGGAUACACAACUUUAACUCAAAGCAAAGUGUCGACCCAGCAUUACAGUCGUCAUUUGCAGCCCGUUUAAAGAGCAUAUGCCCGGCACACAACACAGUAAAAAAGGCGGGUGCAAAUCUUGAUUCGACUCCCACAACUUUCGACAAUAGAUAUUAUAAGUUACUUCUACAAGGCAAGAGUAUUUUCUCAUCUGAUCAAGCAUUGGUCACUAUGGCAAACACCAAAACAUUGGUCUCAAAGUUUGCUAGCUCACAACAUGAGUUUGAGAAAGCAUUUGUGAAAUCCAUGAUUAAGAUGAGCAGCAUCCAUGGUGGCCAAGAGGUUAGGUUGGAUUGUAGGGUGGUAAACUAAACCAAAUUGGUGGAAAUGGAAGGGACUGGCUUGACCCAAUGUGUUCUUGAAUGAAAUUGUAUAACAUUUUUUAUUUGUAUUCCAUUGGAUGCUCAAAGUGUAUUGCUACAGAAGUUAGUAACGUUUUGUGUUGUAUUUUGAUUUUUGGGUGAAAAUAUCAUCUUUAAGUUUUUUUUUUC